AUGUCAGAGGUGGAAGGAAGUCAUGCCGCUGAGCAGUCGGAGCAGCCAAAGAUGUCUAAAAGUCGAAUGAAGAAACUCAAGCGAGAUCAAGCAUGGGAAGCUGGUAGAGAAGCCCGUAAAGUAAAACGAAAAGAGAAGACUAAGACCAAGAAGCAACAAAAGCGUGCUGCACGAGAAGCACACACUACCACUAAUUCAUCGCUACCAACCACAUCACCGCAUGCCGAGCCGGACCACGCUUCAACGAAGACGAUCCAACUGGCACAAACAAAAGGACCGCAUCGCCGCACUAUAUUACCAAUUACAUUCAUCAUUGAUUGUGGCUUCGACGAUCUCAUGACAGAAGUAGAGCACAAGUCGCUUGCAUCCCAGAUCACUAGGUCUUACUCGGAAAAUAGGAAAGCACAUUGCCAGGCGCACCUCAUGGUCAGCUCCUUCAGGGGUCAGCUUAAAGAGCGAUUCGAAGGUUUGCUAGAAUCGCAGUAUCUAUCGUGGAAGGAUUCAACGUUUCUCGCGGAUGAUUUUGUCGAGGCGAAGGACAUCGCGAUGGAAUGGACUCAAAGCGCCCAAGCGGGUAUGAAAUCUGAUAUUUUCGACGACAUGACAAAGCAUUACUCGGAUCUCAAAGAGACCGCAUCGGGCACUGAAGUCGUUUACCUCACAAGCGACAGCCCAGAUACGCUCACGGAAUUGAAAGCUAGGGGGACAUACAUUAUCGGUGGUCUCGUAGAUAGGAACAGACACAAAGGGGUAUGUUACAAGAAAGCCACAGGACGGGGAAUUAGGACUGCUAAGUUACCGAUUGGCGAAUACAUGGACAUGAAUAGCAGGUUUGUUCUUACGACCAACCACGUCGUUGAAAUUCUGCUUCGGUGGCUAGAGCUCAGAGACUGGGGAAAAGCCUUCAUGGAAGUGAUGCCGAAAAGGAAGGGAGGUACGGUGAAACCUACUUCAACAGAUUUGAAGCACUUAGACCAAGCAAAAGUGGGCGAAGGUGAAGAUGGCCGAGAGUCUAGUCAAAAAGGGGCAAACGAGAACAGACUAGAAGAUGAGAAAAGUCAAGGAUGA